AUGGACCGCAUACAAUGGAUAGAUGGUCUGCGAGGCAUCGCUGCCAGUAUAGUGACCGUCAACCAUUUCUUUUGUGGAGAGAUAAAAAUGCCCUUCCGGACAUUUUGGGCCGAACCAGCUGAUGAGAACCGAAGAUUGAUCCAGCUACCCCCGAUCCGUCUCCUCUGGGCCAUGGACGCCAUGGUUCCUCUCUUCAUGGUAAUAUCGGGCUAUGCCAUCUCCAGUCGACUUCUCCAAUUUAGAGACAACCAGCCAAACAAGCUUGUUGACCGUCUUCGAUCUUCCAUCUUACGCCGGCCGCUCCGUCUCUACCUGCCACUAUUACUUAUAGCCAGCUGCACCCAGUUGUUCUUCUACCUAGGCAUGUACGAGGACUGGGUCCAGAAAAAGGUCUCAGGUCGUAUAACGCCCUGGAAGUCUCCUUGGAGCCAUGUGUGCUACCUCUUCGAGCAUAUCAUGGACAUGUUGAAUAUCAUCCAACUCCAGUGGAAUAUUCAAAUCAACAAUCAUCUAUGGACGAUGCCGCUCGAGCUACACGGAUCUUAUAUCAUAUAUUUCACAAUAUUCAUGCAAUCCAUGUGGCGACCUCGAGCACGAAUCAUCUGUCUAAGCUUCAUGCUCGCCUAUCUGCUCUGGUAUGGGCAAUGGUAUAUCCUCUGCUUCAUCUCCGGACUCACUCUGGCCGAGCUCCGGACUUUCGCCAGACAACAACCCAUAAUAACCCGCUGGACAGCCUCCUACAUACUUCGUUCCGCUGUUGCACUAUAUCUCAUGUGUCUAUCCUCAGAAGACGACUAUCCGCCAGAUUACCGCAUCCUCUCAAAGUUACAAACACGCCAUUGGUCGCAGUACGGUGCGUGGACAGAAGUCCGAAAGAAUUGGCUCAGUAUCGGCGCCGUGUGCUUCUUUUCCGUGGUGAUGGAGAGUCCUCGUUUGCAGCGCGUGCUUACUACCCGCGUUCCUCAGUAUCUGGGCCGAAUAUCCUUUCCCAUGUACUUGAUCCACAUCUCAGUGUAUCAGAUGUGGGGCUGGGCAUUGCGAAGCCGCAUAUGGUGGUUGACCCAGCGACGCGCCUGGCCUGCUCCUCAUGAGGAAGAUGAGAAUAUGCGUGCUCUAGUUGUGGUGUUUGCUUUGACUUGGAUGGUGCUAGGACCGGCAGUUAUUGCAAUGGCGGAUUUGUAUGUUCGGGUUUUAGAACCGCGGAUCGAACGACUUUCGAAGUCGAUUGAGUCGUGGAUAAAUCAGAAGGGGCAUCGGGAUUAG